AUGGAAUACGUGUCCUGUUCGUAUCGCAAUGGUUUUAUAACACUUAGACAAUUUAAAACCAAUGAGUGGUUAGAAGAAGUGGAAAUGACCACUGAAACAAGUGCAAAAUUAAAGAAAAAGUUUACAAAGCCUCCUUUAGUUACAUAUGAAAAUCCUUAUAAGUUAAGAUUUCAACCGGGUAAACCUAUGCCGCGUUUAUUUUGGCAGAGAUAUCCGCAACAGCAGCAAGAGGAAUCCGCAACCACUACAGAGUCCGGAAUGGAAAUUACUACAACUGUUAUGCCUAUAGUAACAGAAAUGCCAGAACCAGAAGUAACUGAAGAGCCUACCGAGCCACCGCCUGAAACCGAACCACCAGAAACCACCACCUCAAAACCCAAAACAUCAACCACCUCCCCUAGACCCACUAAACUUCCCACUACUUCCACCACUAUCAUGAAACCCUCUAGUCCUUUUCCCUUUAAUGUGGCUGAAAAACUGAAAAAUCUUUUCGUCUUUGGUUCUCCCUCUCAAGUGAAUCUGAUACAAAAACAUGGCUCCAUAGACACCAAAGGAAAAACUAAAAGUAAAGGUUUCUUAAGUCUAUUCGAAGUCAUCAAAUUUGCCAAUACCCGUUGUUCAGUGAGUAUGGGUGAUAUCAGGUCCAUGGAUGGUAUUUGUUAUCAUGAGUUCGAGUGCAAAAGUUUGGGUGGUAUAUCAACGGAAAAAUGUGGCGAGGGUUUGGGAGUUUGCUGUAUAUUUUUAACUGGCUGCGGUGAUACGGUGGCUCAAUCGGUGUUCUAUUUUGAAAGUCCCAAUUAUCCUCAACCGGUCAGAGAAAUGAUGAUUUGUGUUUUAAUUAUCAAUUUGCGUAAGAAUGUCCAGCAAUUGAGAUUGGAUUUUUUAAUGUUUGAGCUAAAUCGUCCUACUGAUGGCAACUGCGACGACGAUCAAUUUAUUAUUUCAGGACAAAAUAUUAACUUUGUAGUCCCGGUUUUGUGCGGCAUUAAUACGGGACAGCAUAUUUACGUUGAUGUGGAAAAUUCACCAGAUAGUAAAAUCUAUUUAUCAUUUUUCGCCAAAGUGCCUACGGGAUCGAGAUCCUUUAAUAUCAAGAUUAAUCUGUUGGAGGACAACUUAGCACCUUUGGGCUGUUUGCAAUAUUACACCGAAUUAGAGGGUAUAGUUAAGUCCUUUAAUUAUGACAUCGAAGGCACCAUAGUGGACAACAAAGAGGCUACAUAUUUUAACAAUUUAAAUUACGUUAUUUGUAUGGAACGUGCUAAAGAUUAUUGCAGUGUCAAUUAUAUAAUGGAACAAAUUGGUGGCAGUGCUGAUCAAUUGGAUUUUCAAAUAAUCAAUAAAGAUGAAGAUGAAAAUGAUUUAGUGCCGGAUGGUCAGGCUGGUGCUGGCAUUUUCAAUUGUCCCGAUGAUUUUUUGGGCAUCAAUCAGGUGCGUCUGUGUGGUGAACGUUUCAAUGAUGGCACCGAAAAUGAAGAUUUUACCAUUCAUGCACCAGUUAGAGAUGUCGCGGCGGGACCAAUUAUUUUGCCCUUUCGCAGUGAUGAGGAAUAUGUGGGACGUGGUUUUCGUUUAGCUUAUAAGCAGGAAUUAUGUUUAUAA